CUUGCACAUUACUACAACUCAUCAUAACGUGAAGAAUAGCCGAUAUGAGUGACCAAGAGGAGAAGCCGUCGACACUUGGUGAUAUCCGUAAUCCCCCUCAUAUCUGCGUUAUUGGUGCCGGUAUAUCUGGGCUACGAGCUGCGGAUGUACUGCUCCAAAAGGGCUUUAAGGUGACGAUACUAGAGGCGAGGGAUCGGAUUGGUGGGAGAAUAUGCCAGAGUGAUAAACUGGGAUAUACUGUGGAUAUUGGACCAAAUUGGAUUCACGCCACUGGUGACAAACACCCAAUCCGUGAUCUGGCAAUAGAAACAAACACGCCCCUACACCACUGGAACAACAAGCAAAACAUCUUCACGUCUGAUGGGGACCUUCUUCCAGCCGAGAAGUCCGCUGAACUCUCAACAUUGCUAUGGGAGAUUAUCGAAGAAGCGUUUGCAUACAGCGGGAAGAAUGGGAAAUCGAUACCAGAAUCCGCAAGUCUGUACGACUUCAUUGAAUCUAAUGUCAAGGAGAACCUUCCAGACCGACUCGAGGACCAGAAGCUCAUAUUGAGCAUGAGUGAAAUGUGGGGUGCCUAUGUCGGCCACCCUGUCACGAAGCAGAGUCUGCGGUUUUCUUGGAUGGAACAGUGUUGUAGCGGAGAUGAGACGUUCAUUGAAACGACAUACGAGGCCAUCUUGGACAGGAUAGCCAAGUUGCCCCGGGAGAAGGCAGAUCUUCGGCUUGGAGCGAGGGUAAUGAAAGUUGUAACGCCGACGGACCGAUUCUCUGGCGAGACAAAGGUGGUGACCACGAAGGGGGAUGUUCUCCAGUUUGAUGAGAUUAUCGUGACUGUACCACUUGGAUGCCUGAAGGGCGUCAAAGAGAGAGGCUUUUAUCCACGCUUGCCGCAGAGGAUAAGUGAUGCAAUGGACAAUAUUUCCAUUGGUCACCUCGAAAAGGUGUACAUUACAUUUCCUUCCGCAUUCUGGACUGUAAACCAGGAAGAUAACUUCGCGAGCUACACCAACUGGCUCUCACCCAAAUACGCACCAGAGACGAACCGCAAGUGCUGGCCACAAGAAAUCUGGAACCUCGCUGCUUUCUCGCCCGAAAACCGGCGCCCGACACUACUCUUCUACCUCUAUGGCGACUGUUCAAAACACAUCGUCACACUUGCGCACGAAAGGUCCACGGAGGAGCACUAUGCUCUACUAGACGCCUUUUUUCUCCCCUACUAUUCGCUGCUCCCCAACUUCUCGGCCGACGACGAGAAUUGCAAGCCCAAGGCGAUUCUGAGCACCGAGUGGCAGCUGGAUGAACUGGCUGGGUAUGGAAGCUACUGUAAUUUCCAGGUGGGGAUCAAGGACGCCGAUGAGGAUGUCAAGGCAAUUAGACAUGGGGUCCCCGAGAGGAGAUUGUGGUUUGCUGGGGAGCAUACUGCGCCGUUUGAGGAGCUGGGGACGGCUGCGGGAGCGUAUAUGAGUGGCGAGGCUGUGGCGUUGAGGAUUUUUGACCAGUAUUCGCAGGAGAGAGAGAAAUAAAAAUAAAAAAAGUUGGCAGGAUAUGAAGUUGGUUAAACUUAAAUAUUCACAUCUAGAAAUUAUAUACCGCAUGUUCACAAAUGCAAGUU